CGCGCCGCGGCCUUCAGUGCACGAGCAACAGACACGCGAGCGCGCAGCGAUGGGGCUCAACGCGAGUAAAAGGAGUUUUAUAAAACCCGGUUCGACUUGGAUGUUCUGAAUCACAUCGGAUCGAUCACUAUGGAGAGCUGAAUGCGACAGAUCGGUGAUUGAUUCGUAAAGGCAGCGAGAUUUUGAAAGUUGAUGCGGUUGUAAGGUCGUUUAAUAACAUUGUGGAUGUGGUUGCUGUAAGUGACACCUCCAGACGUCAUCAAGGGCCGUGGAUCUGUUGUUAGUACUGAGUCUAACUAACGUUAACCGGGGGUGAUGCUGUCCGUUCUCUCGUACGGUCGACUGGUGGCCCGGGCGGUCAUCGGCGGACUCUCUCAAACCGACAGCCGGGACUACAGCCUGGUGUCCGCCAGCUUCGGCUUCGGGAAGGACUUUCGCAAGGGGAUUUUGAAGAAAGGGAUGUGUUAUGGUGACGACGCGUGCUUUAUAGCCCGACACAGAUCUGCUGAUGUGUUAGGUGUGGCUGAUGGAGUGGGUGGCUGGCGGGACUAUGGAGUCGACCCCUCUCAGUUCUCUGGGACGCUCAUGAGGACGUGUGAGCGGCUCGUCAAAGAAGGGAGAUUUGUGCCAAGCAACCCAGUGGGAAUCCUCACCACCAGCUACUAUGAGCUACUUCAGAACAAAGUACCGCUAUUAGGAAGCAGUACAGCGUGUAUCGUGGUACUAGACAGGCAGAGUCACCGGCUACACACGGCUAACCUAGGAGACUCUGGCUUUCUGGUGGUUCGAGGUGGAGAGGUGGUGCACCGGUCUGAUGAACAGCAGCAUUACUUCAACACCCCUUUCCAGCUCUCGAUCGCCCCUCCUGAGGCAGAGGGCUCCGUUCUCAGCGACAGCCCUGAUGCUGCUGAUAGCUCAUCCUUCGAUGUCCAGUUGGGAGACAUUAUACUCACAGCUACAGAUGGUCUCUUUGACAACAUGCCAGACUACAUGAUUUUACAUGAACUUAAAAAACUCAAGAAUACCAACUAUGAAAGCAUCCAGCAAACAGCCAAAAGUAUUGCUGAACAGGCCCAUGUUUUAGCAUACGACCCCAAUUACAUGUCUCCUUUUGCACAGUUUGCCUGCGAUAAUGGCUUAAAUGUCAGAGGAGGGAAGCCAGAUGACAUCACUGUUCUGCUGUCAAUUGUAGCGGAGUACACAGACUAAUGUUAGCAAGAGCUGCAAAAUGCUUCUCUUGUUGUCUUCCUCUCAGUCACUGGACUGGCAGCUGUUUCCUGCUGGCAGGAUUGAGGGCUGUUUGAGUUUGUUUCUGGCUGGGACUUGAAGCCCACAUCUGUUCCCUGGGUUCUUCAACCUUACUAGACUGUACUUCUAAUGAUGUCGCCUGCAGGCUCAAGUAAAAGAUCACCUUGAUAUGGACUGCUAAAGCCGAGUUGUGCUUUGCAAACACUUUUCUAGUACGUCUGAAAGAAUCACCAGUGUUUCUGCCGUCCAGUGAUGAAUGAGUAGGUGGUAAUGAUGUGGUUGAGAGUGGAGGGUUUAGAAGGUAAGAAUGAG